AUGGCUAGAUCACAAGUAAGUUUUUGUUCAACAAUAGAUGAAGAAUUAACCGAACUUGAAAAUAUCUGUGGAGUAAAAACUUAUUUAGCUAAACAAGCAAAAUAUAAUUCAUUUAUUCAAAAAAGAAGUAAUAAAGUUAAUAUUGCGAUACCUGCAUUAACAUCAAAUAUACAAGGAUUCUUCUGGUUUAUAACUGUAUUAGAUACUAAUGAAUCAUUAAGAUAUUUAAAAUAUAUAAGUGAUGUUGAUGAAACAUCUAGAUAUAAUCUUGGAGCUGCUUUUGCUCCUUCACAUAAAGAUGGUCAUUUAAGAGGACUCUGUGCUACAGUAUUAGAAUUUAAUCAAACAUAUAGAUGGAUUGAUCUUAAUCAAAAUUCUGCUUUGGCUAUUACAAGAUUAAGAGAUCAAAUUGCAGAUUUAAAAUGA